CUGCAGACCACAGUUCAAUGUUUACAGUCCCUAAGUGGACAAAGUAACUUCUCAGCCAUUUAUACUGAAAUCCAACUAAGUGACGAGUCUAAAGAAGACAGGAAGUUGUUUGUCGGGAUGCUGAACAAACAACAGACUGAAGAGGAUGUUUACCGCCUCUUCGAACCCUACGGAGUCAUUGAGGAGUGCACGGUCCUAAGAGGUCCUGACGGAAACAGCAAAGGUUGUGCCUUUGUCAAGUUCUCCACACACACUGAGGCUCAGUCUGCAAUCAGCGCCCUCCACGGCAGCCAGACCAUGCCAGGUGCUUCCUCCAGCUUGGUGGUUAAGUUUGCCGACACAGACAAGGAGCGCACCAUCAGACGUAUGCAGCAGAUGGUUGGGCAGUUUGGCAUCUUCAACCCAGCCAUUGCCCUACCCUUCAGCACCUACAGCUCUUACGCACAUGCGCUCAUGCAGCAGCAGGCAGCCAUCAUGGCAGCAAGCCACGGAGGUUACCUCACGCCCAGCGUAGCCUUUCCCGCUACGCAGAUCCACCAGAUGGGGGCGCUCAACAUCAACAGUCUCCCACCCACCCCCAUGACCCCGGUGUCGGGUGACUUUCAUCAAGCCCUAGGCCUCAGUUCUCCACCAGCCAACAUCGCCACCUCCGUACCCAGCAUCGUCACGCCCAUCGUCAACGGAUUCACUGGCAUCCCUCAUCAGCCCAACGGACACCCGGCUGUGGAGACAGUCUACACCAACGGCCUGCCUCCUUAUUCCACCCAGAGCCCCACCGCUGCUGACACCCUCCAGCAAGCCUUCACUGGAGUACAGCAAUACACAGCGAUCUAUCCAGCCACCACGCUGACUCCUAUUGGCCAGACACUGCCCCAACCACCCCAGGUUAUCCAGCAGCAGCAGCAGAGAGAAGGUGAGGGUCCGGAGGGUUGUAACCUGUUCAUCUACCACCUGCCACAGGAGUUUGGAGACAAUGAACUCAUGCAGAUGUUUCUGCCCUUUGGCACCGUCAUCUCCUCUAAGGUCUUCAUGGACCGGGCAACCAACCAGAGCAAGUGCUUCGGCUUUGUGAGCUUCGACAACCCUGCUAGUGCACAGGCAGCUAUUCAAGCCAUGAAUGGCUUUCAAAUUGGAAUGAAGAGGUUGAAAGUCCAGCUAAAGAGACCGAAGGAUGCCAGCCGCCCUUACUGACACAGCCUACCUUCAGUAUUCAUUGCAGCAGCACAGAUUUUAGAGGACACGUGAAGAUAUCUCGGAGGAGUCAAACUUUUUUCUUUGAAAGCAAAAUAUGUUUUAAAAAAAUCAACACAUAAGGAAUUUUUGGAGACAUAUCAGCAUUUACUUAUGAAGAUAUAGGUUACAGCAGAAAAAAAGAAGAUGCGAAGGAGGAAGGGGAGGAGGCGCUUCACCGGGGGACUUAACAGUAACAGAUGGCACAGUGCGAGAAAGACGAGAAGAAAAAAAAACUGAAAAAAGAUGUGACGAGACUGAACAACAGAACUUUUUUCUUGUUGAGACUUGAAUUGUUAAUUAAGCAACAAACUAACAAACAAAAAAGCAGCAACAACAAAUAGAUUUCUAUAUACAUAUUAUAUACACAUAUAUAUAUAAGGAAAGAGGCGCUUGUGGCUUUUACUGUACUGGACAAAUGAGGGUUAAAACUUGAAGAUCAAGAAAAACAGUGGAAAAAAAGAAGCUAUUCUGUUCAUCCACUGACAGACUUUCUUUCUCUUUCCCUCUUUCUCUUAUUCUCUCACCGUCUCUCUCAGCAAGCGCAGAACUAUGACUAUGACUGAGGUUUCCAUUAGCAACAGUAGAACUGCAAAUCUUUCACCCCUAAGGGACCAAAGGACCAAACAUUUUUAUUGUUCUGAACAGUAAUAUAUAGUAUUAAUGAUACUAAUACUGCAAACUACUACUAAUAAUAUUACAAGUUAAACUUAAGAAGAAAUACUAGCUUCAGGUUGAAAAAAGAGGAAAGGGGUUCUUGUUUAUUUUCCUUUUACAUUUAUAGCUACUGGGUUUGAGGAUAUUAAAACAAAACAGAAAAAAAAUGUAUAAAAAAAGCUAUACUAAUUUAGUGGCGUAGAAUAUGUGGGAUAGACAUUGAUUCGGGCAUGUUCAGAUAUGUUCUUUUGUCGCUCAUUGUUUCAUGUGAAUCACAGUGUUUCAUCUCGGAGGCGUGAUGUGUGGCUGUUAUUGUCGUUCGAUGAAGAAAACAGUCUUGUAGUGCCAAAGUGACGCAAUAACAGCCUUUAAAAUAACUCAUUACUGAUCUACAGCACAUCCAGCCAUGCUGUACUCCCAUACAUCCUUCACAGCAGAUUGAAAUUUCAUAAUUGAAGCAGGACCAACUUCAUGUCAUCAUUACAGCCUUGAUAGUACAGAUAAUCUGACCAUAAACCAGUGUGGUAAAAGUGCCACCCGUCUGAGCUUGACACGCCGCAGUAAAACAACGCAGCAGCAUCUGUAACCGCUUAAUAAAAUAUACAAAUGAGCCUGACAGCAGUUGUAAAAAUUUCCAUCCGUGUGUCACACUGGCUCCUGCCAGGUCGUGCCCUAACCCUCUGCCAGGCUCUUCCAGCUGCUCUCCCUACUUUCCCUCCUUUCCUCCCCGGUCUCCCUCUCUCUCCUCACCUCACCUCUAAGUGCCAGCAUAUCUCUCUCUUAAUAGGGAGCAUCAGUUCACGAGGGCCAAGAGCUAACCCACAGCAUAAUUAGGGUAAUGAUAAUAUUGAUCAGAUGGGGAGCAGAGCCGCGGGGCAAGAGAUGCGCAAUCAAUUGCACAUUGGCAUUUUGAACGGAUUGACUGAGUGACAGAGUCCAUUUUUCCCUCAGUAGUUGGAUGGAAGUCUUUUCUCUGUCUUACUUCUGUACACAGUCUCAGAGAGGACCCUGAGAUCCGAAUCUAAGACCUUGAAUCUGACAAAGGCAGCAAGUUUUGUGUCAUUGUCAACAGAAACCAUAAAGUUUAGAAGUUUACACAGAGGUGGCAGCAUCUUUAGAGUCAUUAGAGUCUUUAGAGUUCUUCAGUAAAGAGAGCAGCUGUAUAUUUAUUUGUUAUAUUUUCUAAAGGGUACCAUAGCGCAGUAAGAGCUUGUCCACAGUGAGGAACAGCCUGGCAUUAGCAGCCUUAGGAGGUCAAAUUAAGAGCAAAAUGAUCCAUCAAUUAGACAGCAGCAGGCCUGUAAGUGUAGCUGCUACAGCUGCUGCUGCCUCAACCAGACGACAGCUCACCAUUAGCGGCGGUCACACAGCUCCUAUACAGUGUGGUCACGACACAUCACUCCGUAUCUGAUAUGAUUAAUUAACUAAACUGGCAGCGUCUGCCGGGACGCCUUCACAUACAGCAUGUCCGAGAUGAAAUCUGUUUUUCAUGAGUUGUUUGCUUUUUUUUAACCAUUUCAUUCUCAGAUAAGUUUAUGAGACAUCCACUCAGUUGUCUUUUAAUUUGAUUUUUUUUUUCAUGUUAUCAUGACUUCACCUCGUUCUGAAGCACCUUGCCUCUCAGGAUUCUGUGAGACCUCAGCGCUCUCAUCAUUGAUCUGUCUCUAUGGCUUCACCCACACAGCUCUAGUCUUCAGAAAUGACUACUUUGCCUGUGCGGUCUGAUACAGCUCACUGGAAUCAGUCCUGAUGACUGUAUAUCUUCUGUUUCUAUUCUGGUUCAAACAUUCUCUUCACUUGUUUUUUAUGUCCUGGUUCUCAGGCUCAGUAUUACGAGAAGGAGAUGUGUUAUUUCCAGGAGUCUAUUGACAAAUGUUACCCUCAUUUCACUGUCUACAAAACUUAGAUGCUGUUGACAGAAAGUCUUUAAAAAUGCCUUUUCUCAUUAUGAAUUGCCAAAUCAUGCAAACAUAUCCACUGUAUUGUUCCCCCUCAUACUUUACAUGUGUGUGCCAGGUUUCUUAAAAUUUUAAAACAGUUUCUUACAACUGUCAAUUUUCAGGAAACAUUGAAUAGUUGAAGAAAUAAUUGACUUUGUGAUCUGGUUUAACUUUUAUAGAUGGAGGGUCAUUUCAUGCUGAAACGAUAAAGAAAAGGGUGUUCCUGUGAAAAGGUUAGAUUUCAUAUAUAUUUUCCAGCAGACAGCUUCUCUUCCCUACUCGGUGACUUACUGUUGGUUUCCUCUCUGCUGCCAGGGCCUCUGCAGCUUUAGGAAGCUGUGAUAUACGCCCUCCUUUCCCCAGGCCAUAAGGGGCCUUAUAAACCCACUCAAAAAAUCUUUUCUUAUGGGAUUUCCACUGGAGAGUUUCUUAAAUUAUUAAAAAUCAAAUUAAAUUUGGCCUUCACAACAGCUUGGGCAAUGCAAAUUAAAGAUGCCAGCUGUGGCUGAAAUGUAAUGAGUUUGAAAAGAUGUUGAGUUAAUUUCAUUCUGCCAAUAGAAAAAAAAAAAUGAGAAUUUGAUCGAAAUGCAAUAGAAAAGAGAAGAUUUGGGGGUGGAAACAGUUUGUAUGUAAUGCACAAGCCUGGAUAUACAUAUCUACUGUGGAACUCAGAGAAAGGGGAGGGAAGUAAUGAAAUGACUGAAAUCCAAGAACUGAAUUGAGUUAGCAAAUUUGAAUGAUAUGAACUGACUGAGCAUGGACUAAACAAGACAGGAAAUAACAGCAGUGAUUCCAGUAGAGUUUCUCUAACUACCUUCUUCAUUGGUUUUACUUUACAUCUCUUUUUGGUGUGUUCUUUUCUCUUCUCAUCCUACCAUGGUGCCCUUUCAAUCUCUGAGCAUGCUCAAUGGGGGCUGGGGGGUUAAAGAUUAUGGUACUACUCGUAUUAACAAUAUGAUUCUUUAACUAUGGUUUGAAUGCUAAGGAUAGUAGCUUAUAAUAAAUAUGAAAUCUGUAUAUUAUGGAAAAUCAGCACAGGACCUUUCUUUGGGUACAUAGA